UGGUCUUGGUCGAGUGCUCAUGGCGGCGUGCUCUGCUUUGCGAGCCACUGCUCCCGUCCUGGGGUCAGACGCACCCAGAGGCGAGCACGACCGGGUGUGGAUGGAUUUGGCUCAAGGCCUGUGGACGCUUCAGGUCUGGCACGCCGCCUGCCUCCCACCUGCCUCGCCGCACGGUCCCCUCCUCGCCAUGGUGCUCGAGGCGCAGCUGCAGCAGGCCGUGCUGCUGAAGAAGGUGGUGGACGCCAUGAAGGACCUCUGCAAAGACGUGAACUUUGACUGCUCGGAGAAGGGGCUCCAGGUGCAGUCAAUGGACAGCUCGCACGUGGCCCUGGUCUCGCUGCUUCUGCGGGAGUCCGCGUUCUCGGACUUCAAGUGCGAUAGGCCGACCUCGCUUGGAAUGAAUGUGGAUUCAUUGGGCAAGAUCCUGAAGAUGUGCGGGCAGAACGACUCCUUGAAGCUUCGCUGGCAGAACGACGCGGACGUCGUGAGUUUCCAGUGCGAGAGCGGGGAGGACGACAGGAUUGCUGAUUUCGACUUGAAGUUAAUGCAGAUCGAGAGCGAGCACAUGGAGAUCCCUGAGCAGCACUACAAGGUAGUGGCAAAGCUGCCAUCAGCGGAGUUCCAGAAGAUCUGCCGCGACCUCAAGGAGUUCGGCGAGACGAUGCAGGUGAAGGCCACCAAGGAAGGCAUCACAUUCACCGUCCAGGGCGACAUGGGCGCUGGCAACGUCAUGUUGAAGCCGCGCGCGGCGGAUAAGCCCGAGGACACGGUGAGCCUCACCGUGCACGAGCCCGUCUCUGCCACCUUCGCUCUGCGCUACCUUGUCAAUUUCGCCAAGGCCGCGCCACUGUGCGGCACGGUGGAGCUCGGCCUUGGCCCAGAUGCGCCUUUGCUUGUAAGGUACAACCUCGAGAAUGCGGACAAUGGUCACUUGCAGUUCUAUCUCGCACCGAAGAUCGACGAGUGAGACCGUGGGGGGGUACGGCUGAGACUGUAGGGGGUGCGGCUUGCAGUAGUGAGGGCCAGGCUGCUUGUUGUGAGUUUGGGGUGUGCUCAGUGCCGCAUUCCGCGUGCACGCGGCGGCAACUGUGACCUUGGAGCUGUGCACAGGGUCUUCUUGCGCACGCGCUCAAUAUGUGUGCAGGUUGGGGCUCGUGCUGGCAUCCAUGAUGAGACCCGUGGAAGUGGAGCCAAGGGCGCCCUCGAGGGCGCGAAGUUGUCCCAAGGGCGCGCUCGAGGGCGCGAAGCUGUUCUCGCGCUUCGCGCUUUUCGCGCUUCGGCUCCGAUGCCUCCUCCUCC